UUUGUCCUAGAACACCUCAGCAAUAUCGAUAAAGUGCUACUCAACUGCGAACUGGCGGGAGCCACAGUAGCGGCAGAGAAAUCUCAGUGGUGUCAAAAAGAAGCUGUUCUGGUUGGAUAUCUCUGUACUCCGUAUGGACGUCAUCCUGAUCAGAGCAAAGUCUUGAAGCAAUAUCUUCGGCUCAUUCGCCAUGGCGGAUCGUCUGACAUAUCGAGGUCAAAGGCGGCCCUGACCGGGAGGCGGUAUUGCGGUUGGAAUUUCCCGCAAUGCUCUCACCUAAGAGAAGCCGGGCAAGUACGCCAUCAGGACAGCGAGGUACUGCUAUACUCAUCCCACUCCCAGAAGAUUAGCUGCUGCGUGCCUUUUCCUUGGCAAAAACAUCUCACUUGCUCCCGAGCUAGAGGAACCCCUGAGCGAAAAGCAGAUUGA